AAUUUUCUUGAACAUUUCAAUCUGAUGUUCUUGGUUCUAUAUGGUUUGUUGGAUGUUCUUGAAAAAAUUCUGUUUUCCGGUGGGUUCAAAGAAAAACACUGUUCGGCUAUUUGAUUGAUUAUUUCUGAUCAGAUGAUGUUGGCGAUCAAGUUUGAAAAAAAAAAUUCUUUGUUGUCGAUUUGGAUUCCAAGUUGCUUCUGGAUGUUGCUGCGCAAAAACAUGGUAUAUAUUUUUCAAAAACAGGAAUGAAUUCAAUUGUUCAAAACAGGGACGAUCUGGUUCUGGUUAUACAACGAUUUGCAGAGAGAUGAUUCUAACAUGUUCUUCAGCAAAUUGGCUUUUUCUUGGGUGAACCCGUUGCUUGCUAAGGGUUACAAAAAACCGUUAAUUCUUGAGGAUAUUCCAACCUUGGAAUCCGUAGAUCAAGCCACGGUUGCCCAUGGAAAAUUCACGAAUGCAUGGGAUUCGCUUAAAAACGAACAAACCAAAAAAAAUACUAACAUGGUUUUUAAAGUAUUAGCCAAAGUUUAUUGCCGAGAGAUGGUUUUAUCAGGAGUAUGUGUCUUUAUUAGGACAAUAGCAGUUGUGGCUAGGCCGUUGCUACUCUAUGCUUUCGUCGGCUACACAAACCGAGAAAUUGCAGAUUUACGUCAAGGGCUCUUUUUAGUCGGGAUUUUGAUUGUAGUUAAAGUGACUGAGUCACUGAGUCACAGGCAAUUUUACUUUAUUGCGCGAAGAACCGGUAUGAGAAUGAGGUCAGCUUUAAUGGUGAAGGUGUAUGAAAAACAACUUAAACUUUCUAACACAGGAAAGAAACGACAUUCUGCUGGAGAAGUUGUGAAUUACAUUGCCGUUGAUGCUUAUAGAAUGGUUGAAUUUCCUAUGUGGUUUCAUGUGGGCUGGUCUUCUUUCAUUCAGUUAUGUCUAGGUAUUGCUGUAUUGUUUUCUAUAGUAGGAAUAGGUGCAUUUCCAGGUUUAGCCCCUCUAAUCAUAUGUGGACUUCUUAAUGUACCCUAUGCAAAAGCUAUUAAGAAGUGUCAAUUAGAAUUCAUGGUGGCUCAAGAUAAGAGACUAAGAUCCACUUCUGAGAUCUUGAACAACAUGAAGGUUAUAAAGUUACAAUCUUGGGAACAAAAAUUUAAAGAAAUAAUUGAAUCUUUUAGAGAGCUUGAAUUCAGAUGGUUGUCUGAAGCUCAGUUCAAGAAGGUUUAUGGCACGAUUUUGUAUUGGUUAUCGCCAACACUUGUUUCUUCAGCCAUACUUAUGGGGUGUUUGUUUUUCAGAAGUGCCCCUUUAGAUUCUGCCACUAUUUUUACAGUUAUGGCAACCUUGAGAACUAUGUCUGAUCCCGUAAGGUUUUUACCCGAGGCGAUUUCUGCAUUAAUCCAAGUCAAUGUAUCGUUUGACCGGAUCAAUUCUUUCUUAGUUGAUGAUGAACUGAAGGAUGGUUUAGUGAAAAGAGACCAAGAAAUGGAGAGACCAGAUUAUUGUAUUAAAAUAGAAGAUGGGAAUUUUGCAUGGGAUCCCGAAUUGUCUAUUCCAACACUUAGGGAUGUAAAUCUUAAAGUAAAAUGCGGGCAGAAAGUUGCAGUGUGCGGCUCAGUUGGUUCUGGAAAAUCAUCUAUCUUAUAUGCUAUUCUUGGAGAAAUAUCCAGAACUUCAGGAGCAGUGGAUGUAUUUGGAUCAAUUGCUUAUGUUAGCCAAACAUCUUGGAUUCAGAGUGGUACAAUUCAAGAUAACAUUUUGUAUGGAAAGCCAAUGGUUAGAAAUAAAUAUGAAAAAGCCAUAAAGGCUUGUGCUUUGGAUAAAGAUAUUGAAGUUUUUGAACAUGGAGAUUUAACAGAAAUAGGCCAAAGAGGGAUUAACAUGAGUGGUGGUCAAAAGCAAAGGAUUCAACUAGCCCGAGCAGUAUACAAUGAUGCUCACAUCUAUCUUCUAGAUGACCCUUUCAGUGCGGUAGAUGCACACACUGCAACAAGUCUCUUUAAUGUAAGUUUGCGCCUUCUUAUAAUGGCAUCCUUGCAAAUAUUUAGGCUUUCUUCUCUAUAUUAUUGAAAAAUUAGAAUUAUGAACAUAUUUUUAUUGUAUAUGGAUUUGCAG